GCCGACGUCAGUCCAUGUCCAUCUCGCAGUCUGCGAUCCGACGCGCGAUUUUUAAAAGCGCAAUGUAGAAUCACGAUGAGAGAAGUUCAGCUCGACAUCCCUUGCUGUACAGAACAAACCCCGGUAUAAUCUUUGAUUGUUUUCACUGAGACUCGCGCCAAGAUGGCCAUCUUUGGUGACAGCACGGAAGGCGAGGACGGCAAGCAUGUCUGUCCAUCUUCAGCGGCAUACAAUAUAGAAGCCCCUGAGCCCUUCAUCGGCUCGCUAUCAUUCCACCAUUUCAACAUGAUCCUCUCCGGCGCCUGUGUUGGUCUCGUGUGUCUCAUCAUUUUCACCCUGAUGUUCCGACACGCCACGCACUUGAGCAAACCAAGAGAGCAGAUCAAAAUCAUGAAGAUCUGCCUCCUCCUCCCGUUGUACUCGAUCACCUCGCUCCUCGCUAUAUGCUUCCCGACCGCCGCCGUUUCGCUCACGCCGUGGAUGGAGGUAUACCAGGGUCUUGCGCUGGGCUCAUUCUUCCUACUUCUCUGCGAGUUCUUGACUCGUGAGAAUGAAGACGGCGUUGGUGGAUUCUUUGAGUCUUUUGAUCCGCCGAAGAAGAGGGGAAAGGAGGUUGUUACUGGGGUGGAGUGGUUCGGUAAACAAUGGCUGGCCAUCUGGCAAUAUCCCAUCAUCGCAUUGGGUGCCGCGAUCGCGACCGACAUCACUGAAGCCCUGGACGUCUAUUGUCUGGAAAGCAACAAUGUCCAUUUUGCGCAUAUAUGGUUAACGGUCAUCGCGAUCGUCUCGGUCGCCUUUGCCGUCACCUCGAUCCUGAUAUUCUACAAGGGCCUCAAGUCGCACCUUCAAGCCCACAAGCCUUUGUCUAAACUAUUGGCAUUCAAGCUGAUUGUUGGCCUGGCUUUUAUCGAGAAGAUAGUUUUCACUAUCCUCCACUCAACCUCGACACUCCACCCAACAGCCACCCUCUCCCAAGCAGACACAGACGUCGGCAUCCCGCACCUCGUCAUCUGCAUUCAAAUGGUCCCAUUCGCGCUCUUCUUCCCCUAUGCCUACAGCGCCACUCCGUACGUCGGUCUCACUCCGUACGAGAGCAGUACGACGGCGUGGAUUGGAUUAGUGAAUCCAAUGGAGAUUUUGCGCGCCAUGGGCGUUGCCCUUGGGAUGGCGGCACGGCGGGGAGGGCGGAAGAGGGCCAGUAAGAGAGGUGGUCGAGGUAGCAACGUGUAUGAUCGUCUCGAGACGGCGCAUCCUGGGAUGGAAUAUCCGCCACCUGGUCCUAUGCCUCCGCCUUUGCACCCGUUUCAGUAUGACCCAGGGCAUGCAAAUUCACCUGCUGCGCCGCUGGUAGGCCAUGGAAGAUAGGAGGGGACUUGUCAAAGCUGAGAUGAUGAGUUUACGGUGGCCAUAAAUAUUGCUGGAGUUAUACUGCUUUGUCUCGCUUUGGCUUCCCAUCUUCUUUCUUCCCUUGCCAAAUAUGGUGGUGUGCAUGUUCUCCGGCAGCUCUUUUUUUUCUAGAAAGCAUUGUCUGUUUGCCUAUGUUUAUACCAACAUUCAUUGUUAGAGGCCCCUGUGAUUCAUGUUAUCUUAGAGCGCUCAAGUUCCUUACUGCUCAUGAUCAUCAACACUAAAUAGAUCUGCCAAAACUCCAAGAAGCACAUGCCUCCAACUUGUAUGAAGAUAAUCGAACCUGGGGUUUCUAAUGCACUUCAAUUACUGAAU